AUGGAUGCGACCAUGCUCCGGUUCAUAUCUCACGUUGCUCGGUACAGCAGACAGCUAAAAUUAGCGAGAGAUGACGUGAGCGCGAGAGUUGUCGACAUCUACAAAGCUGCCGGUAACAUUAUCGAGAGAUAUCGCGUGAUAAUGGUAAAAGUUCACGCCAGCCAAGGGAUUCAGGUGCGCGCCAUCUACAAACGGAUUCGGAUCUCACCAAGAAGCCAGUGCCAGCAAAAUGCCGCCAACAGGAGCUUUGCUGAAGCGCUCGCUACCAUAGGCACCUGCACCGACUUCGGCAAGGCUUUGCUACUGGUGACGGACAGCACAGUGAAAGACACGAGGUUUGGCCCUGCACUGGCCAGAUCACCGCUGUCCUACCAGCAACCCAUCAUCCCGCAUGGACUUUCAGUUGUAACAAACAUAGGGCAGCACAAAAGUUUCUCGUAUGCUCCCCCGAAAGACUGUACAUUCUUCUCGAUCAGUGGAUUGUGGGAGAUCCCCAUUCCCUUUCUGGGCAACGAGAUUUUGGAGGGCCUAUGCUUAACACCGGAGGAAGCCAGGGACCUGGAAAGGAACACGAGGCAGCAGUCGAGGAGCCCAACAUGGCGCAAAGAGCGCAAACUGCGUUUGACAGCUUCACAUUUUGGUGCAGCUUUUGGAAAGGUCAAGUGGACUGAGAAGGGACUAGACGCUCUCACUGUCUCAAGAGACAUCUCUAAGGUCCCUGCUGUGAGACAUGGCAUUGUCAACGAGCCACUCGCCGCAAGGUGUUACGAGGAUGUGCUCCGAGGGCUAGGCCACCAGGUCACAGUCAAGUCAUGCGGGCUGUUCGUCGACCCUGAAACCCCAUGGCUUGGGGCAUCACCAGACAGAGUUGUGCACGACCCCGCGGAGGACCCCCCUCAUGGGAUUGUGGAAAUUAAGUGCUCCCAUUCCCUUUACAACAAAACUGUUGAAGAGCUUACCCAUGCGGACUUCUGCUCCAAAGUAAGUGGAGAUUGCACAAGGCUGAAGGACGAUCAUCCUUUUUAUUAUCAAGUCCUCGGACAAAUGGCGCUGUCUGGGCUGCAGUGGGCAGACUUUGUUGUAUAUGGAAAAAGUUUCAUCCUAAUUGAAAGGAUGGGGUUCAAUGCAAAAGUAUGGCAGAGUGUGAGUGAAAAGUUAGAAGAUUUCUACUUUAAUGAACUGCUGCCACACUUGGAGUGCAGACGAUAG